AUGGCGUUUCUUUUAUUGAAAGGCAUUCCGAGUCUUGCCGGUCAAAACCAAGCGCCUCAAGCUGAUCCAGAUGAUUUUGUUGAUCGUUUAAAUUAUCGUUAUACAGUUAUUUUACUUAAUGUUUUCUCAGCUAUUGUUACAAAUCGACAGUUUAGUUCAAAACAAAUCCAAUGUUGGGUACCAGCUAUGUUUACAUCUGGUUACGAAGAUUAUACCAAUCAUAUAUGUUACAUUACGAAUACUUAUUAUGUUAAUCAAACACAAAAAAUCCCAGGUACACGUAUAGAACGACAAAGUUUACAAUUAUUAUAUUAUCAAUGGAUACCAUUUAUUCUUUGCUUUCUCAGUAUUCUUUUCUACAUUCCGAAUCUUAUUUGGCAAUCUUUAAUGACUCGAAGUGGUUUAAAUUUAAAAGAUAUAAUUGAAGCUGGUAAAAGUUAUAAAUCAAUCGAUAGAAUGGAUAAAAGACGUAAAAUAAUGAAUUAUAUUAUUGCUUCAAUUGAUGAAUUUAUUGAUGAUCCAAGACGUGGUAGAGAAAAUCGUAAUAUAAGUAUACUUAAACGAAUUCAAGCAGUUUUUUGUUGUAUGUAUGGAAAAUUUCAAGGAAAUUAUUUUAUGAUGGUCUAUAUUUUAACUAAAAUUCUUUAUGUUGUUAAUUCAAUUGGACAAUUAGCAUUAUUUAAUGAAAUGCUUGGAAUAAAAUAUUAUCGUUAUGGAUUAGAAUUAAUACAAAAAUUAAUUUUAUUAAUACAAAAUCAAUCUAUCAAUCAAUCGUAUAGAGCACAAGGUGGACUUUCAAAAUAUUUUCCUAAAGUAACAUUAUGCGAUUUUGAAGUACGUGAACCUAAUCAUUUAUACAAUUCACAUCGAUAUACAGUUGAAUGUGUAUUACCGAAUAAUCUAUUAUUUGAACAAUUGUUUACAUUUCUAUUUUUUUGGUAUACUAUGAUUGUUAUUCUAAAUAUAAUUUCAUUAUUAACAUGGUCAUAUUCAUUUAUACGAUCGGUUCGAAUAAAAUAUGUUACAACUCGAUUAAAAUUAAUCUUAAUAAGACAUUUACGAAAAUCGAUAACAAAUUCUGAUGAACCCUCUCAAGAUCAACAGUCUCCACCAGCAUUAACUGAAGAAUCAUUAUUAUAUCGUGAUGAUGCACAUUUAGAUUUUGCUCGUAAUUAUCUAAAAUGUGAUGGAAUAUUCGUACUUCGUCUAUUAGAAACCAAUACAUCAGAUUUUGUUGUAACACAUGUUAUUGAAGAAUUAUUUUAUUCAUAUGAAAGAAAAGCAUCGCAACCAGUUGUUCUUGAUGGACUUGCUAAAAUGAUGUCAACACUUGGUCCCGAUCAAGGUUUAUUAAGUCUAGGAAAAUUACUUUUUCUACCCGUUAUGUCUGAUCCAAAAAUGGCUAGUACAUUAGGUGGAGCAAUGAGUUCAUUAGUAACUCAACCUACUAGUAACAUGCUUCUUCCUAGUUUACCACCAACAACAACAGAUGAUCCUCUUCGUAAUGCUCCAAAAAUACUUGUACCACCAACUCCAACUCGUCGACGAUCUUCAAAUGAAAAUUAUUCCUCUUCGACUACUUCGGUUUUACAACAAAUAGAAUCUGUACGAAAAACUUCCCUAACAAAACCAAAACCAAGUGUCGAAGAAGUAACUGAAAUUUUACGUGAACGUCGACAAAAAAUUAAACGAAAAAAACGUUAA